AUGGCCUUUUCUGACCGCAUUUUCCAAUAUUGCUGGUCAGAAAUGCCAUCUAGUGGCAUCCCAGAAAGAUCCCUCGAUACCCCGAGUCCCAAUGUGGACAUGUCGAUAACUUCGCAACAACAGCAACCGACAUGGCAAACUGUCGAUCGCACUGUUUUUAGCUCUUCGCCAGAUACCAUCAAUACACGUCCCAAUUCGGGGUCAGUGCCAAAUGCCUCUUCGCAAAGCACCCACACCCUCUUUAGUGUGAUGCGUCGUGCGGUGCCUCUACACCAAGAGCAGACAAUUAGGCAACUAGCAAGGCCUCCUCAAACAAAAGAACAAGGAUACACUUUUGCAUCCCAGACAACAUUGCCAACUCAGAUCCCACCGUGGGACUAUGCAGAUUUCCUAGCUUGCGGGGAACAUUACGGAUCACAUCAGCCUCCACCGAGUGAGAGACUCAAAUGCGACUGGAAAGGUUGUCGGUACACUGGGACGUUUGGCCGAAAGGCUGAGCUUAAGCGCCAUGUCGAUACGCAACAUAUCUCCCCAAGAGCAUACAAAUGUCCAAAAUGUGGCCGACCGCACAACAGGGAUGACAACAUGAAUGGACAUUUGCGCAGAGUUCACGGGUCAGAUAUCCAAGCUACGGAGAAGUGA